CAUUGAAUUCAGCAAAUGCGAUUUAUAAAUUCAGCAAAUGCAAUUUAUAAGUUUACGCGUUCCCAUUCAAAGCCAUUUUUGUGGGUUGACUCCAAUUUUCGUGGGAGGAGAAAGAUGAGCCAGCCACUGUUCUCUUUCAAAUUCGCCUUCUUCUUCUCCCUCUCUUUCGCCGCUUCAUAUACUGCCACUUCCACUGUUACAUUCACUCCUCCUUACUCCUUCCGCAAGCUCAAGCUCCGUUCCUCUGCCUCGCCGCCGGAAUCCGCCGUACCCAAGGCCUCAGUCGCCGAUUUGCUCGCUCUGUUGGGCCCACCUCAACAAGCCUCAGCUGUAAACACUCAAGAGGCCUGCCAACUCCGCUCUUGCCUCAAAUUCCUCGUCCCUUUCUCUCCGAGUUCUCAGGCUCCAAAUAGACGCUCGUUGAGUUCUAAGUUGAGUAAUCGAAGGAGUGUAAGCGAAGAGAAUGAGCUUAUUUGGUGGCCGCCGGCGCCGGUGAUGGAGCUGGCUCGCCUCGCCGUUGACUCUGGCGGUGAUCCUAGUUCUAUUCAUUGGACGCUUGAUCCAACGGUCAUCCCUGUUCCAGACAUUGAAGGAUCAAAGGAAGACCGAUGUGAACUUACUAGAACUCCUUAUGGGAGAGUUUUCAUUAAUGAGGAGAUAAAUUCAUACCUUGAGUUUUUGUUUGAAAUGAUUGUUGCUCGGGGACCCAGUGUAGGGCUAAAUACAUCAUUGUCGCGAUUUGACUUCUUUCAUGGUCAUGUCUUUCUUGCCAGAGAGUCUGGAAGGCUUGGGAUUUUGUUCCAUGCUAAGGAGUAUCCAGCAUAUGAUAAGGAAAUCUUCCCUUACAACAUGGGCUACUGCCAAAUAGGAUCUAAUGUCUCUUAUGAUGAUUCGAUGAAUUUGCGGAACAUAUUAUGGUUAGCUCCAUUAGCUAGCAACUCUACAAAAGAAUGGUUAGCACCAGGAGUCCUAGUUGUCUUAGAUGCACAUCCAACUGGAGUCAUAUACAGGGACCUCAUACCUGAGUACGUACACAUUGCGAGGACCCUCUAUGAAGAUGAUUUUGGGCAAGUUGCCUUUGAUGUUAACUACCUAAACGUUGGAGGUAAAACACCCAAAUACCAAAUUUUCAUUUGCUGACCUCUUCUGAAGGUUCAGGUGUCACAGCUUUCAGUGUUACGAAGUGAGAUCCAUAUUAUUUAUAGCAUUACUAUCAAUAUUUGAUUCUAGCGCAUUCAAGUGGAGGGUUGCUUGGAAAAGGAUUGUGUCGGACGAAGAUUUUACUGUUGGAACUGAAAGUCUUGAGUCAUUUAGCUUGUGAUUGACCACUGUUUAUGGCAGAUUAUCCUUUCUUGAUUACUGUCAAAGCUUGGACAACGAAACGAUGAUUGAAUAAACUAGAAAACGUCAUCCUUCUAAAGGGCUUACACUUUACGUUGUCUCUUAGAAGUAUUUUUUUUCUUGGCUAUUGUGAACUGAUUUUAUGCCUGUGGUUGUAACUUGUAAAGCCUUAGUUGUAGUGUUCCAUUAUUAGGCUUCAGAUUUGUCUGUAGGUUGUGGUGGAAGUCCCAUUUAUU